AAAUUUGGUGUGCAGACGUGUGACAAAUUUAGUGAAAAAAAUAAACACGUGGUUUGAUUUUCAAAGGUAAGUUUUAAGUUUUUUAUUGUUUUAUUGGUGUUUGUUUUGCUUUGCGUGUGUUUGGCAUGUUUAAUUUUAAUAUGCAAGUGUCCAAACACAUUUUUUUAAAUAAUAUGUGUUAUAUUUGGUGGUCGGGCAAUACGUUAACGAUUUAUGUAAAAAUCUACUUUCCGACCAGGUGGUCGCAAAACCGGUUGAUUCAUGACGCUUUUCUUUGUCUUAAUUGGGUAAACUUUAAAUUCACAAUCAUAGAUUUCAUAAUAUUUGUGGAAACCCAAAAAAUUAUAAAUUCAUUACCAGAUUUCGGCCGCCAUUACACCUCAUAUUUUCAAAGAUAUCACGUUCAAAAACAACGGCGGCUGAUAACUAGAAAAUCAAAACUUAUUUCCGGCCAUUACAAAUAAAUAACAACCGAUUAUUGGUGAAAAUAAUACCUGAUUCUGACCUUAUGAAAAAAGAACGGCCGAUAAUUAGUAAAACGUAAAUCUGUUUACGACCCUAAGCGACUAAUAAAUUUAUGGCUAAAAUGAAACCUAUUUCUGAUCGUUAUAUUUAUUUGUGACUUUAUGUUUGUUACUUCCUGCCAUAUAACUAAUAUACAUAUGUAUAUAAAAAAUUGGCAUAGUUAGCCUUGCUCUGAAUGAAUACUAAUUUGAAUAGGCUACUUUUUAACACCGAGAACAAAGCUAUUGUACUUAAUAUUUAUUAAUUUACCAAGCUUAUUAACUGGUUCUAUGUGCUUAUGGAUACAUGUGCUUGGUGUUAGAAUUUUGCUCGUUUUGUUUUGCAGAUGGCACCUAACAAUAAAGAAAAGAAAAAGAAAAAAAAUUAUGAGCCUUCCCGAAAGUUUGGUUAUAGUGAAGAAGCCCUGACAAGCGCUCUUUCAAAUAUACGUAAUAACAUUUGCAGCAUCUGGGAAGCUUGCCGGCAAUACGGUGUUCCAAGAUCUACUGUACAAGACAAGCUUUCUGAUCGUGCUGCUGAUCAAAGGAGAAAAGUGGGGCCAGAUCCAAUAUUUGGGUUUGACGGAGAAAAAAAAAAUUGCUGAUUGGAUAAUUGAGUUGGCUAAAGCCGGAAUUCCUAUCAACAAAAAUGACCUUCUAGAUACAGUGGCUGAGCUUGCAAAAGACCUGGGUGUAGACCAUCGCUUUCCAGGAGGUAAACCUGGUAUUCGAUGGUAUCUCAACUUUCUCAAACGCCAUCCAAAUAUAAGCAUCCGAGAGCCAGAAGCUAUUAAUAAGGCACGAGAAGCCGUUAAGGAAAGUUCAAUCCGAAAAUGGUUUGCAGAUUUACAUACUUUCUUGACUGAAAAAAUGCAUUAGAUAUUAUAGAAGAUCCCAGUCGUAUUCUAAAUUCUGAUGAAACUGGGGUUUUAUUAUCUCCUAAAUCAGGGAAAGUCCUAGGUCCUAAAGGCUAUAAAAACGUAUACGUUGUUAAGAAAGGCAAUGAGAAAGAGAAUAUAACUGUGCUAGUAGUAAUGACUGCAUCUGGGGAAAUAUGUCCCCCUUUAGUGGUAUUCCCAUAUAAAAGACCACCUAAAUCAGUCGUCGAUAGCAUGCCGCCUAACUGUAUUUUGGGAAAAUCGGAAACGGGGUGGAUGCGGUCAGAUACAUUUUUUGAAUACAUUUCUAACGGGUUCAACGAUUGGCUGAUACAACAAAACGUGAAAAAGCCUGUUCUAUUUUUCUUAGAUGGACAUAAAUCGCACAUGUCCAUGCCACUUAGUAAGUUCUGCGAAAAUAAUGACAUAAUAUUAUAUGCUUUACCACUGAACACCACACAUAUUCUACAACCAGCAGAUGUAAGUGUCUUCAAGCCACUUAAACAAGAGUGGAAGCGCACUGUAAAAAAAUGGCAGAGUCGAUCAGAAAACCUCAACAAAUGUAUAACAAAAAACAACUUCUGCCAAGGUAGACUUUUCAAAAUGCGUUAAAGAUGUCCAAAUACGCAAUGCAAUUUAUGCCCAAACAAGUACACAAAAAGAGAAUAUAGGUAAGCUUGGUAUAAAUCCAAGUCUAAUUUUAUAUGAACUGGACCGGACGAAGGACUUAUAUUUACAAAAACGGCGAUCUAAAUCUAAGACUCCGCGAACUUCACAAUCCAGUUUAAUAAAGGAAGACACAAAAUCUUUCGAAGAUAAGUCCUGUGAUAUGACGAUGGUACCCCAAGGCUCUAGAGGUUAUCCAUCUACUUCAACACCCAGAUACCCAGAAUCUUUUGAAUUGAAAAAUCCUUCUGACAAGCUCUCAAGAAGUGCCAGGCCAAAAACCUUAGGAUCGUCUUUUGUUGAGGUUAUAUCCUCAACAGAAAACAAUCUUAGUUCUAUCCAGAUUCCAGAGAUUGGGUCCUACAUAUCUCUCGAUGACAUCGCAAUAGCACCAUUAAGUGACAUUCAUUUAUCACAAAUGAGUCAAGCUAAUAACGAUGUCAUUAUUAAUUUUGAAGACGGCUCCCUGACGCAUAUGGAAAACAUAUUAAUAACACCAGCUCCGGAAACACCAGAGGUUCUAGUAGAUGAGGAUUUAUUUAAAAAACACCUGAAAUUUCCCGAUGUUAUCACUAAAACCCAAGGCACUCGUACAUCGAGCCCAUUUCCGAGUGCUAUCACAUCUAAAGCUUGGCAACAAUACUUCGAAAAAAAAGAAAAAGCGAAAAAAGACAAAGAAAACCAAAUCAAGAAAAGAAAGCUUGAAAGAGAGCUAAAGAAAAAAGUACAACCACAAAAGAAGAGGAUGAAGAAAGAGAAAGCAGAAGAAACCAAAGGCCAAAUUAAAUGUGGUUUUUGUGAUUUUGACCUCAUAAGUGAUACCGAAGAAGAGGGCGAAAUGAAUAUUGGGCGUGAUAAAUGCAUUCGCUGGUAUCAUUUAAAAUGUACCAAACUAAAAAAUUUAUCAUACAGUCAAGCAGCAAUUGUACCAUAUGAAUGUUCAAUAUGUCAAAAUGUAAGGAAAGACGUUUUGAAAAAUUACAAUACUGACUAAUAAAUUUUUUUGUUGAUUAAUUAUUUUUCAAUAUUAAUUAUGAAAACUAUAAAUAUUAUAAUUAUGCUGUUUUUGACUAUUUUUGUAUUACUUUCAAAUUAAUAAAUAUUAUUUCAUAAGAAAUACCUUAUGUAUUAUUUCAUAAGAGUCAUUUCUCAACAGAGAAUGAGACUGCCGAUAACCAGUGCACUAAUGGACGAUAACUGAGCGGGAAGGCCGAUAGCCGGUGUAUUUGCUAUUUUUAGGAAAAUUAUUUAUUUUUUAAUUAUGUAUCACAGAUUCACUUGAAAACGUUAGAUAUUAUGAAACUAGAGUAUUGAAGGAUGACAUAACAUUUUUUUGAAAAUUCUCGGAUUACAACUUUAUGUCAGAAAUCAACUCUAAAGUCAACAAGCCGCCUGAACGGUCGAUAGCCGGUAUGUCUACCCUAUCUACUUGUAUUUCAAAUACGAAAUGGUAUUUUGUAUUUAAAUAUCUUUUACAAAAGUGUAUUUAUUAGAAAUUCUUUUUGAAACGUAUUUUGUAUUUGAAAAAUAAUAACUUACAUAUAAUAUAUAAAUAAAAUAAUUUAUUUUUAUUUUUCAAUCCCUUAUUAAAGUUAGGGAGAGACAUUCAAUGUAAUAUUUAAGUG